AUGAUCAUGAUCCAAAAGAUCUUUGGAUAUCUAAACAUAACAUACAUCAUGAUGAAUUUAGUGAUGAUGUCCCAUCAUCUAGACCUAGACAAAACAGAAAUAAUAGAGUGCAAAGCGGUUGCAGCGAUCCGCGAUUUGAUCUGUCCGCGUUUUGGAAUCAUUCUAAGUUCUCCAGAUGGUAGAGAGAAGAAACAGAUUAUGGUGUUGUUGCUAGUGGAAGCUGCUUGGUUUCUUGAGUCGCUGACAGAGAAGGUCUUGGCCAUGCAUGGCACAACAGCUCCACCGCAGCAUCAAGUGUUCGUAAGUUUCCGAGGAAGCGACGUUCGCCAUAACUUCUUCAGCUUCCUCAAAGACGCAUUGAUAAAGAACAAUAUCAACGUGGUAACGGACGAGGACGCACCUAGGGGAAAACCCAUCGAUGAGAAUCUUUUGAAGCUUAUAAGAAACUCUAGGAUCGCUGUCGUGAUCUUCUCCGAGAACUAUCCUGAAUCCACUUGGUGCUUGGACGAGUUGGUGGAGAUAGAGAGACAAAUGGGUCUUAAUAAGCUUGAUUCUUGUCCUAUCUUUUUCGAGGUUGAGACUUGUCACGUUAAACUUCAGGCAACAAGAAGUGUUUUCGAAUACAAUCUACUGCGGUUGGAGCACGAAGAACGGAGAAAGGCUAGGCAGAUUGGUAAGAAGGCAUGGGAGGAUGCAGAGGAGAGAUUCGAGGGAUGGAGGAGAGCUUUGAUUUUGGUUGCGUCUCGCUUGGGUUUGACAUAUAAAAAGGAGAGCAACCAAGCAACCUUCGUUAAUGAAAUCGUCGAGAAGGUUAAGGCAAUGCUGGACAACAUUUCCUCAUCACAUAUUGUGCCGCAACAUCAAGUGUACAUAAGUUUCAUGAGUCCAGAGCUCCGCAACAAGUUCUCCAGCUUUCUAAGAGCCGCUUUACGAAGGAGUGGGAUCAAUGUCUUUCUAGAUGAUGAGAAUAUUACUAGAAUAGAGUCAGGAGAUGAAGUUGAUAGACUUUUUUGUCGAGGCUCGAGAGUCAUCAAUGAUCGCACUUGUGAUCAUGAGUCAUUGACUCAUGACCAAAAGGUACAAGAGCUCGAUAUGGUACUUGGAGGAGUGGUUAAGGAUAAAUAAACGCAUCGUGCACUUCUUUUAGUCUUCCCACUUCAUAAUAACGUGAUACAACAUGACGAUGAGAUCAAAUUAUAUAAGAGGCUUUGGUCAUAAAAUGU